CACAACAACAACAGUGACAACAACACUAGCAUCAUCACCAACUCAUCAUCAUCAUCUUCAUCAUCGUCAUCAUCAUCGUCAUCGUCAUCGUCAGCAUCAUCGUUAUCAUCAUCAUCAUCGACUUUACUAUCAUCAUUAUCAUCACUAUCAACAUCAUCGCUAAUAUCAGAAUCAUCAUCGUUAUCUUCGUCGUCGUCGUCGUCAUCAUCAUCAACCACAACGAUAACAACAACAUCAACAACAAAGGCAACAUCAACAACAACAUCACCAUCAUCAUCGCAUACAUCAGAAAGCAAAAUAAUCCCAACAACAGACGAGGCGGUAGCAGACAGAAACAUCGCCGGAUCAGCGACCGAAAUAGAUGUCCCACGGCUCACCAAUAUCGCCGUGCCAGCGGCCCCUGCUUCCAUGGAACUACCGGAUAAAUCAGGACAGGCUACUGGCACGGACACCAACAAAGGAGGGCGAGUGGACCCGGCCUUGUUGAAAGCCGUCAAGAACGACCUUCUCAGGAACUUGGGACUACGAAAAGUGCCCGACGUCUCGCGGAUUAACCAAACUGUGGAGGAGAAGCGAACCAAGAUCCGUCUGUUUCGACAACACCUUAUCGCCAAACACACGCUACAUGAACAUUAUGACACGGCUGACUAUACAAACGACAUGUCUCACUCGUUUCACUGCUCAGAUGGACUGGUCACGGGCGGAACAUCUUUGAUCAUAGGUUUCCUCAUAAAAAAUUUCCCAAGAGAACACGAGGAAUCUAAACUGGAUCAAGCAAACGAUGAUAAUAAUAAUAACAAUAAUAAUAAUAACAAUAAUAACAAUAAUAACAACCCAAACCUGGUGUUUGCUAUGAAGAUACAACAUCCCAAAGAUCCGCUAAUGGAGACUAUAAUCCGAUCAGCAAAGUUACACAUUUAUAAACGAGGAGGCAAAACGGAUGCCUCGAACGAAUCUUCUAGUUUUGAUUCAUUAAUGGAGGUCAACGUGUAUCACGUGACUGCCGAAUCGAACACAAGCGAAACCAAACGAACUCUUGUCGACACGAAAAUCAUUGACUUCAGUGAAUCCGGUUGGGUGAUAUUUAAUAUCCAACAAGCCCUACAAAAUUGGUUAGACGGACCUACAAAGAAAGACGGAUUACUCAGACUGCAGUUGUCCAGCAAAGCCUGUACGAAAGACCUACAUCGUAUUUUCCAAGUAAACCGACUGAUGAAAAGAUCUUUGCGCGACCAAGAACCGCGAUUGAACGUAAAGACGUCGGAAAGGUUAAUCCUAGGAAGAGUGAAGAGGGACAUCCACACUGGCGAUUGCGAGAAGGGUGAUGGAGAGACGCAGUGCUGUCGCUUUUCGCUGAAAAUCGACUUUAAGGAACUUAGCUGGGACGACUGGGUGAUUGCGCCCACAUCAUUUAAUGCAUAUUAUUGUGAAGGCGAUUGUGGAAGCAGCCGGUUAGCAAACGACUGGGCUCUUGUAAAGAAUUUAAUCCAUCAAGCAAACCCGGAGAAGAUGCCGGUUGGUGUGUGUUGUGUACCGAACGAGUACAAAGGGUUAACGUUGCUGCAUUAUAAUAACGACGGCCAACUGACACUAUCAGAGAAACAGAAUAUGGUCGUGCAAGACUGUCGAUGUCGAUAGAGUACACAUUCACACACAUUAUUCACACUCCUUUUCAUACAUACACACACACAUAUAUACGUGUACAUAUAAACACACACUUAACUCAUUUUCACGCACACACACACACACACAUAUAUAUAUAUACAUACAUAUAUACGUGUACAUAUAAACACACACUUAACUCGUUUUCACACAAAUACACACACACACACUCACACAUAUAUACGUGUACAUAUAGACACAUACACAUACCACACAACCUUUUUCACACAUGCACAUACACACACAAACACACACUCACACAUACACACACAUAUAUAUAUGCACGUGUAUAUAUAAGCACAUAUACAAUUACACAUAUAAAUGAUUAUUUUCACACAUUCAUAUACAAUUACGUGUACAUAUACACACACACAUUCACACAGAAAGUGCUGACAACAUGGCGAUCUCCACUUCACAGCGCGCGCGCGCAGACACACACAGAGCUAUAUAUUAAAAUACUGAUGUUGCGAUAAUUUUCGCUUCACAGAAAUAUGUAUGUAUGCAUGAAUGCACAUAUAUAUAUAUAUAUAUAUAUACAUACAUACAUAUUUAUAUAUAUAUAUAUAUAUAUAUGUAUAUAUAUAUGUAUGUAUGUAUGCAUGUAUGCAUAUAUAUAUAUAUACAUACACAUAUAUAUAUACAUAUGUAUGUAUGUAUGUAUGUAUGUAUAUUAAUAAUACAAUAAUAAUCGUAGAUUUAAUGCAAUCCACUUCAGUCUGGUGGAAAGGGCAACAAAGUAAUUUUGGAACAACACACAGAAACCAGCAAUGGAAUUAUUUACAUGAAAUUCUCGUUCCAUGGAACAUAUUUCCUUUCUCCUUUUCUUUUUUUCUUUUCUGCUCUUGCCUUCUUUUUCUCCUCUAGUUUUAUUUGAUGACGGGCAAAGGUCCGAAACGUAAAAGUUUUGUUCCUGUCUUCAUUCCAGCUUGAAACUAAUAUCAGAACUGUGUAUUUCCGAUGCACGUUUGUUUUUAUGUGUUGUUUUUGAAAUUACUUAGCUGGAUAUGGAUACAUACACACACACAUAUAUAUAUACACACACAUAUAUAUACACAUAUGUGUGUGGAUGUGUGUGAAUAUUUAUAUAUAUGUAAUAUCUGUUAUAUACAUAUAUAUAUAUAUAUAUAUAUAUAUACACUUAUAUAUAUAUGUAUAUAUAUAUAUACAUUUAUAUAUAAUAUUUGUGGUCUAUAUAUAUAUACAU